AUGGAGGAGCACCAGCAGAGGGGGAAGCAAGGCAAGGAAGAGGUGCGGUUCCGCGGCGUGCGGCGGCGGCCGUGGGGGAAGUACGCGGCGGAGAUAAGAGAUCCGUCGAAGCAAGGGUCGAGGCUGUGGUUGGGGACAUUUGACACGGCUGAAGAAGCUGCUAGGGCUUAUGAUCGUGCAGCUUUUAACUUGAGGGGCCAUCUUGCAAUUCUCAAUUUUCCUAAUGAGUACUAUUCUCAAAUAAGGGGUUCACCACCAUAUCCUCCUCAUUUGGCAACACCUUCUCCUCGUGCUAGUGGCAGCACUUCUGGUGCACCAAGGCACCUUUUCGAGAUUCCUUGUUUGGAUGAUAAGGUGUUGGAGGAUCUUCUUGAUCAGUCUGAGGAGCACAAGAAGAAAAAGAAAGGAGAUUGAAUUCUUGACU